AUGGAGGGGCCCCGGAGAGUCUCCUUGGUGCUGCUGCUUCUGCUGCUGCUGCCACUGGGCCCAGCUUGGCAUACAGCUGCCCAACGCUGCCCACAGACGUGCAUUUGCGACAGUCCCGGGCGGCACGUGGCCUGUCGGCACCAGAACCUCACGGAGGUGCCAGACGCCAUCCCUGAGCUGACUCAGCGGCUGGACCUCCAAGGCAACAUGCUGAAGGUGAUCCCCCCAGCUGCCUUCCAGGAUCUGCCUUAUCUGACACAUCUGGACCUGCGGCACUGCCAGGUGGAGCUGGUGGCCGAGGGCGCCUUCCGCGGCCUGGGCCGCCUGCUCCUCCUCAACCUGGCCUCCAACCGCCUGAGCUCGCUGCCCCAGGAGGCCCUGGAUGGGCUGGGCUCGCUGCAGCGGCUGGAGCUGGAGGGGAACAUGCUGGAGGAGCUGCGGCCGGGCACGUUCGGGGCGCUGGGGGCGCUGGCCACACUGAAUCUGGCCCACAACGCCCUGGUCUACCUGCCCGCCAUGGCCUUCCAGGGGCUGGCGCGCGCGCGCUGGCUGCAGCUGGCCCACAACGCGCUCAGCGUGCUGGCCCCCGAGGCCCUGGCCGGCCUGCCCGCCCUGCGCCGGCUCAGCCUGCACCACAACGAGCUGCAGGCCCUGCCGGGGCCAGCCCUGUCCCAGGCCCGCGUCCUGGCCCGCCUCGAGCUGGGCCACAACCCCUUCACCUACGUGGGCGAGGAGGACGGGCUGGCGCUGCCUGGCCUCCGGGAGCUGCUGCUGGACCACGGCGCCCUGCAGGCGCUGGACGCCAGGGCCUUCGCGCGCUGCCCCCGCCUGCACACCCUGGACCUCCGCGGGAACCAGCUGGCCGCCCUGCCCCCGCUGCAGGGCCCCGGGCGGCUGCGCCGGCUGCGGCUGCAGGGCAACCCUCUGUGGUGCGGCUGCGAGGCCCGGCCGCUGCUCGAGUGGCUGGCGCGCGCGCGGGUGCGCUCGGACGGCACGUGCGGGGGCCCGCGGCGCCUCGGAGGGGAGGCCCUGGGCGCCCUGAGGCCCGCCGACCUGCGCUGCCCCGGGGACAGGGCGGCGGCGGCGGCAGCGGAGGAAGAGUGGCGGGCGGCCGCGCGGCCCCGCUCGCCCCCUGCCGCCCUCGACGAGGCGGACGGGGCAGCCCGGCCCUGCCCGCCGGCCUGCGUGUGCGCCUCCGAGUCCCGGCACAGCGGCUGCGAGGGCCGGGGCCUGCGGGCCGUGCCCCGCGGCUUCCCCGGCGACACCCGGCUCCUGGACCUGAGGCGCAACCACUUCCCCUCGGUGCCGCGAGCCGCCUUCCCGGGCCUGGGCCGGCUGGUGUCGCUGCACCUGCAGCACUGCGGCCUCACGGAGCUGGAGGCGGGCGCCCUGGCCGGGCUGGGCAGCCUCAUCUACCUCUACCUCUCGGACAACCAGCUCGCCGGCCUCCGCGCCGCUGCCCUGGAGGGGGCCCCCCGCCUCGGCUACCUGUACCUGGAGCGCAACCGCUUCCGGCACGUGCCCGGGGCCGCCCUGCGCGCCCUGCCCAGCCUCUUCUCCCUGCACCUGCAGAACAACGCCGUGGACCGCCUGGGACCUGGGGACCUGGCAGGCCUGCCAGCCUUGCGCUGGCUCUACCUGAGCGGCAACCGCAUCACCCAAGUGUCCCCCGGGGCAAUAGGCCCAGCGCCCGAGCUGGAGAAGCUGCACCUGGACAGGAACCAGCUGCAAGGGGUGCCCACUGGGGCCUUGGAGGGGCUGCCUGCCCUCCUGGAGCUGCAGCUCUCGGGGAACCCGCUCCAAACCCUGCCAGACGGGGCCUUCCGGCCCGUGGGCCGCUCACUGCAGCACCUCUUCCUGAACAGCAGUGGCCUGGAGCAGAUUUCUCCCAGGGCCUUUUUGGGCCUGGGGCCCUGGCUGCAGAGCCUGCACCUGCAGAAGAACCAGCUGCAGGCCAUGCCUGCCCUGGCCCAUCUCAGCCAGCUGGAGCUUAUCGACCUCAGCGGCAAUCCCUUCCACUGUGAUUGUCAGCUGCUCCCGCUGCACAGGUGGCUCAUGGGGCUGAACCUGCGUGUGGGGGCCGUCUGUGCCGCCCCUCCCAGCGCCCAUGGCCAGAGGGUGAGGGCUGCAACUGCUAUCUUUGAAACCUGCCCUGGCAGGGCUGCCAGGAAGGCCAAGCGGAUGCCCGCCCCCAGGUCUGGUGCCAGGAGAACCCGCGUGAAGGGAUGA